AUGCCUGCUUCCUUGUGUUCGUGUCGCUGUCACUCACACAUCCUCCUCUCCGACCUGACCUCCCAUUCUCCGCUACCCUCCCCUCCCAAAGCCGCAGCCCCCCAGAAGCACCCUAAGCAUAUUACUAGCGCCCUGCCGCCAACACUCGCUCAUAACGACCCAGCAGAACCUGACCCUAUCGGUGUGCCACAGACGACGAACCGGCGCUUGACGGAACUCCUUCAACGUCAACACCCCGACCCCAUCACACGUCGAACGCUUUUAAAUUCGGCCGAGUCUGAGGCCCGCUCGUCACUGACCUGGGCCUCCGCCCUUGGAUCCCCUCAACCGUCUAACGCCAACGACUACCAUCCACAGCCCAUCCAUGGCAUCAAUAUACUCGGCGAUGCCGAUGAAACACCUAGAACACAUCCAACUGACGCUUGUCGCGGUUUAGGCACUUGUCGUCCUUUGACCGCUUCUCCGCCACGACCCCUCUCUCCUCCUUGCGACGUCGGCCGGUUCGCUCCUCCAUACUUCUCUACAAAUAAACACAAGUUGGCUUCGGCUCUGGGCGAUCCGAAGCAAAGCCUCCAUACCCGCUGUAUUGACUGGGUACACUUGAGCCGCCACGCCGAUACCACCAACUACCCCGUGCAAGCACCGCAACAGCCCACGACGGAGAACCGAUUCGGCGCGAACACGACCGCAAUGGGUUCCACAUACCAGAGCACUACGGUCGCUGAAGGCGCACCGACCGCGAACUUGUGGUUGCAGUCGCACUCUCCGAACAAUGCCAAACCUAAGCACGUCAGCUUUGAACUUCUUUUACAAGACACCCCACAGCACCGUGCGCGCCUUCCGAUGCGCGUUAACAUUUGGCCCCACGACACGACUGAGUCGAUCGUUGCGACCGUCAAGAACUUCCACGGCAUCUAUGAUGGCCAGGGCUACGGGGUCAGCUUCGAAGACCGCGAUGGCAAUACACUCAUUGCGAGGUAUGAGAACUUUGAGCACAACAUGGUCGUGUACGUCCGGAGAAUACCACAGGAGCCUACGGGUACCAGUGAGUACAGCCAUACGCCACGCCACUCCAUGUCGCCCAGGAAGUCUCAUUACGACGACCGGAUGCUCCCUCCACAGCAACUAUCUAGGCCCUCUUCGCGCGGCGCGCGAAACCGUAGUGCAUCGCCGCGUGGUCGCCGAAGUGUCUCUGUGAGCACCAACUCUAAGUCACGUUCGCGACCGAGUUUCAAGGGCCGGGCGACCAGCUCCCACGGCAGCCUUGGAGACAUGACAGGCGACUAUAGCGAUAGCGACGGUGAGGGAUCAGUCACGAGCUCGCGCAGAGACAACUUGGCCAGCGCGGAGAUCAGCCUCGACAACAUCGUCGAGGGCGGUCGUCGAAAGCGGGCCAAAUUCGACAGCUCGGAGCUGCCUUUGUUCGCACCUCCUCAAGUACCCAUGACAAACCCGGUCCCCUCCGUUUCCCCCCAUCGCCGCAUCAACAGCAACAAUGGAGUGUCGCCCUUUACGUACUCAAACCAGCAAACUUUCUCAUACACACAUCCUUUGCCUUCGCCUCAAAGCCAUGGCCAAGUUGAUAUCUCAUACAUGCAGGGUAUGCCAAUGGGCACUCCUUACGCUGUUUCUAGCGGGCACCCGCACGGACACAGGCUGCGUACACGUGGCAGUGGUCCAGGCCAGCCGUCCAGGCAAUCAUACGGCUACAGCGGAGCGUUCCCGACACCCGACCCCACGGUCGGGGGCAGUGUUAUUUCGGAUGAGGAUGUCGCGCUCCAGUUGAUGCGCCUUGGUGAUGCCUCCAACUUUUCUUCGGUCGGUCGCACAUCAACCUCUACCCUUGAUGAUGCUCUGAGCGGCAAGGCUGAGGUGGCUUCAUCCGACGAAGCGAGCGAGGACUGCAGUGAGGACGAUCUCCCCCACUACCAUGGACCGUUGCAGCCCGCUGGGAGGCUGCCUGACCAUGAGCUUCCCCGCAGCUAUGACAGUGGCGAGGACAGCGGUGAUGACUACGAGGACAACAGAGACGACUCGUUCAAGGAUGAGAGCGAUGAGCUCAUGCCUGAUGAGAAUGGUAUUGUCACGUCCAAGGUCCCGAAGGUCAAGCACCGCGCCGAGUCUACCAUUUCGAAGACCUUCAAGGUCUCGAAGCCUCGUGCUCACAACAACCCCAAGAGCAAGACCAAGACUGUCAACACUGCUAAGCCUCCAAUUUCUCCCACAUCGCUUCCUUCAAUCUCUCGCAAGACGUCGAGUGCCUCUCUUACCAUGCAGCAAUUCGGUGCGGACGAGGAAGAUUUGUCGACCAAGCCUCGUUGCCAACGCUGCCGGAAGAGCAAGAAGGGCUGCGAUCGUCAGCGCCCUUGCCAGCGUUGCAAGGACGCAGGUAUCGGUAUUGAAGGAUGCGUUAGCGAAGACGAGGGCAAUGGCAGGAAGGGCCGCUAUGGCCGUCAUAUGGGUGUUCCUGUUAAGAAAACAGUGCCUGAGGUUCCCGCCUUUCCAGAUGGGCCCACUGCGGUUCUUGGUGGUGUAGUUGGUUACAGCUCUUUCGCAGCCGCCGCCGACAAGAGCAAGAAGCGCAAAAGAUAG